AUGGUCACUUUGAAACGUCCUAUGGAAGAAGUCGACGAAGAUUUAUUGUCUCUUGCGGAGGAGCAGAAGAAUGCAAGUCAAGAGCUGAAGAAGAAGAAAAGAAGACAUAAUCUAGCCGCCAUGACUCAGUUUUCCGCUGAUGGUACGGCAACAACAGAUGAAGAAGUUGAUGAAAUUAGGUCUGGGUAUAUUAAGAAAGUUUCAUUGAGGAAUUUCAUGUGCCACGAAAACUUUGAGCUAGAAUUGGGUCCAAAACUAAAUUUUAUUGUCGGUAGUAAUGGAUCCGGUAAGAGUGCCAUCUUGACUGCAAUUACUAUCGCUCUCGGUGCUAAAGCCAGUGACACUAAUAGAGGUAACUCUUUGAAAGAAUUAAUUAAGGAAGGUUGUUAUUCCGCUAAGAUUACCUUAGUAAUUGAAAACGGGAAACAAGGUGCGUACGAUCAAGGAACAUAUGGUAAAGAGAUUAUAAUUGAAAGAACUUUGAGGAGGGAUGGGUCACCUUCCUUCAGCUUAAAAUCUGAGUCAGGCGUAGAGAUUAGUAAUAAGAAGAGAGAUAUUCAAACUGUGGUGGACUUUUUCUCUGUCCCAGUAAAUAAUCCGAUGUGUUUCUUAUCCCAAGAUGCUGCUAGAUCAUUUCUUACCGCUAGUACACCGCAGGACAAAUAUAAUCAUUUUGGGAAGGGUACUUUAUUACAGCAGAUUCGGGAACAUUUAACUCAUGCCAAAGAAAUCAGUGACACAUCCAGUGAAAAUAUGGAUUUACACCUACAGAAUCUAGCCAUUUUACAAAAUGAGUAUCUAGAGGCUAAAAAAUUGCUUAAGGAGCUAAAUGAAACAAGUGACUUAAAUGAACAAAAACGACUGUUGCAGGGGAAAUCUCUGUGGAUUGAUAUUGAACAUAAUAAUCAAUCGUGUCAGGAAUUAAGGCAAAAUAUAAAGACAUUCCAAACGAAGAUUGCUGAAGUUAUGGCAAAGAUUGAAAGUAAGAAGGAAAAAAUUGAAAGGUAUACAGCCGAUGGGGCUUCCAUUGAAAAGGAGAUUGAUGAAAAAGUCGUUACCGUUAGCCAAAAGGAUCAAGAACAUCAAGCGACUCGAGAUUCAUUGAGAGAAGUUAGGAAAGUGUUCGAAACAGAAAAGUCAAAUCAACGUGAAGCUGAACAGAAUAUCACUCAAUGUAGAAAUAGAAUCAAGACAUUAGAUAAAACAAUUGAGCAUCUAGAACAAGACUUAAAGAAGGAAAUGGGUGGGGAUAAAGAACAGAUGAGAGAAGAACAAAUAUCGUUAGAGCAUGAAAGUGAUCAAUUGAGAAAGGAACUCAGCGAUCUACAGAUUAGUAUGGAUGAAAUGAAAAACGAAGAAAGAGAUAUCAUCCGUCAACGGCAAACGGAAUUACAGGGUAUAGAGCGUAGUAUCCAACAAAAGAAACUAGAAUUGAAUAAAAUCGCACAAGGUGAAAACAAUCUUUUAUCAAAUUUCGAUAGAAAUAUGGACCGUUUGUUGAAUGCAAUCCAACAAAAUAUUCAGAAAUUCCAAACCCCUCCACUAGGGCCAUUGGGAAUGUACAUUUCUAUAAAAAGUGGCUUUGAACAGUGGACUCGUCCAAUUCAAAGGGCAGUAUCAUCCACCUUAGGAUCAUUUGUAGUCAGCAAUCCUCGUGAUUCUAAAUUAAUCCGAACACUAGCAAGAGAAUGUGAUGUUGGCUAUAAUUUCCCAAUUAUUACUUAUAAGUUAAGAGCAUUUGACUUCUCGGACGGGAAAGCACACUCGGAUUUCCCAACUGUUAUGGAUGCAUUAGAAUUUUCUACACCUGAAGUUGAAUGUUUAUUUGUGGACCAGAACAAAGUAGAAAAAAUAUUGCUUAUCGAAAACAAGGAUGAAGCAAGAAGCCUUUUGAGAGUAAAUCCCAGAAAUGUGACUAUGGCACUUGCUUUGAGAGAUCAGCGUAGUGGUUACCAGCUGGUAGGCGGUAAUAGAUUAGAUACCGUUAAAUACCCGGAUGUAAUCAGAUUAAAGGUUAGUAAUAAUGCUGAUUAUUUGAAGGAACUAUUACAACAGGAUACCGAAGAAGCACGUCGCAUUAGGGAUCGUUAUGAAAAUAAGAUUAUUGAGUUUCGCCGAAAGUUAAAUGAGUUAAACAAGACUCAAAGUGACUAUAAAAUAAAGCUACAGCAGAAUAAUAGACGAAUUACGGAACUAAAGUAUAACAUUGGGAAAGUUGUUGAUACAGGGGUCUUAAACUCUAAGAUUGCUGAACGUAGAAACCAAGAACAAGCUAUUGCCGGUUAUCAAACUGCGAUUGAUGAACUUGAAAUCACAAUUGAAAAAAUUAUUCAAAAGACGCAGCCUAUUAAGCAAAUGUAUGAUACAACUAAGGCUGCAUAUGCCGCCGCUCAAGCUGAAUUACAACAACUGAGGGAUGAUUAUAGUAGCCGUUCUGCUAGAAUUGAAAAGAGUAAGGAUGAUAUUGAAUAUUAUGAAAAUAAGAAAAACGAAUAUAACAAAACCAUCAAGAAAUUUGAACUAAAUAUUGCGACGCUGGAUGAAGGUAUUAGAAAACAAGUAGAAAAUGCGGUUGAGUUUUGUUCAAAAGACCAAUUAGAGUCCGUCGACCUUCCAGAUAGUCAGGAAGAGAUUAAACACCAAUUAGAAGUCAUUUCAAGAAAAAUUCAAAGAGCUGAGCAAAGUCUGGGACUGCCGCAAGAAAAGGUCCUGGAUCUAUAUGAAAAAAGUAGGACAAAGUAUAAGGAUGGGCAAACGAAAUUCGUUGAAGUUGAGAAGGCUCUAGAAUCAUUGAAGGAAUCCAUUAAGACACGUGAACUGAACUUAGGGACAAUUUCUAAAAUUACCUGUUUUGAAGCAGAUAUGGAUUUUAGAGCGUCUUUAAAGGUUAGAAAAUUUAGUGGUAAUCUAGUUUUUGAUGAUUCAAAACGUACUCUAAAUAUGUUUGUCCUAACGGCAAACGAUGAGAAACCUAGAAACGUUGAUACCCUGUCAGGGGGUGAAAAAUCAUUUUCUCAAUUGGCACUUUUGCUUGCCACUUGGAAACCCAUGCGUUCGAGAAUUAUUGCCCUGGAUGAAUUCGAUGUCUUCAUGGACCAAGUCAAUAGGAGAAUUGGUACGACGUUGGUCGUUAAAAAAUUAAAGGAUCUGGCCAGAACACAGACAAUUAUUAUCACACCACAGGAUAUAGGUAAAAUUGCUGAUAUUGAUAGUACUGGUGUUAAUAUUCACAGGAUGAGAGAUCCACAACGACAAAAUAAUUCUAAUUUCUAUGAAGGUGGAAGUCGGUAA